AUGGGGAAGGAGCGGGAGCUGCUCGAGGCCGCCCGCACCGGGAACGUGGCCGUGGUGGAGAAGCUGCUGAGCGGCAAGAGGGGCUUGCUGGGCUCGGGCCCGGGUUCCAUUCCAUUGCCCAACCUGCUGAGCAUGUGGAAGGGCCUCAACGUCAACUGCACGGACAGCUCGGGAUACACGCCGCUGCAUCACGCCGCGCUCAACGGACACAGGGAGGUGGUGCUGAAGCUGCUCCAGUUCGAGGCGUCGGCCAAUGUGGCCGACAGCAAGGGCUGCGUGCCGCUGCACUUGGCCGCCUGGCGGGGCGACGUGGACAUCGUGCGCAUCCUCAUCCGACACGGGCCCUCGCGCUGCCAAGUCAACCAGCAGAACCACGAGCGGGAGACGGCGCUGCACUGCGCGGCGCAGUACGGCCACUUGGAGGUGGUGUCGGUGCUGCUCCAGGAGCUGACGGACCCCACCAUGAGAAACAGCCGGCAGGAGACCCCCUUGGACCUGGCGGCGCUCUACGGACGUCUGCAGGUGGUGUGCAUGCUGGUGAGCGCCCACCCCAACCUGAUGGGCGUGCGCGGCCGGGAUGAUGGGUGGGACCUGGGGGGUGCAGAGGGAAACAAAAAGGGGUGGCGUGAAGUGGAUCACUUCCUUUGUCGCCUUCACCUGCAUGUGGAGUUGCAGCGCUCCAGUUUCGUUUGGCAUUGGAGUCCACCUUUUAUCACGGAGAAUGGCAGCGCCCUCCACGAGGCCGCGCUCUACGGGAAGAUGGAUGUAGUUCGCCUGCUGCUCGACUCAGGGAUUGACACAAAUUUGCGAGAUAGCCUGGGAAGAACAGCUUUAGACAUCCUCCGAGAACAUCCUGCGGUCAAAUCUCAGCAGAUCACUGCUCUUAUUCAGGAAUAUGUGACGGACGAAAUGGAGCGGCGCAGCAUGGCGGAGGAGCCCAUCCGCAAGUGUCCCGUCCCCGCGCCCCGCACCUCCAUCUCCUCGCCCUCGGCCUCGCCCUCCUUCAGGCACAAGAAUGACGCGGUGACCGGCGAGCUGUCCAAGCUGCUACACGAGAUCAAAAAGUGCCGCGACCGCGACUACUCCUUCGAGGAGCUGUGCCACACCAUCUCCUCGCACUCCAUGGACAGCUUCGGCAGCGGACGGCUGUCGGACGAAGAGCGAGCGGACGCGCCCAACGGCACCCUGACAUGCGCCGUCAAGCGGCCAACCCCGCCCCUAGCCGUGGCCCCCGAGGAAGAGGACGACCGCGAUCAAACAGAGAGGAGCUGCGGCCCGACCGGAUUCUGGGAGGCGCUCAGCCCCUGCAACGGCUGCCACAACCUGGGCUUCUCCAACCUGUCGCAGGAUUCCAAGUGUUCGGGGGACGCACUCGCUUCGCCAUCAUUGGACGUGUUCCCGCCGGAGGACGAGGACAACCCCUACGAGUCGGUGACCACCGCCGUCACGCGCAAGCCCUGCUCGCUGGACGUGGGCCAGCGCCCCGACGUCUGGCCGCGGAAUGGUCACUUGUCCCAUGGAGUCAGCCAGGGGGGGCGCGGUGACCAUGGCAACCACUCCACGGGCCCGACUCCAGACUGCUCGCCCCCCUCCCCUGACACGGCCCUGAAGAACAUCGAAAGAGUCAUCCACCCACAGCCCAAACAGCGCACGUCUCUGUCGUCGUCCUUGGACGUGCAGCGGCCCGUCAACCACAGCUGCGAGCCCAGCGAGGUCAGCUCGUCACUGGGCUACGCCAGCUUCAGCACCAGCCCCCCGGCCAGCCCGCCGCUCAGCCCCAACCAAGAACGGGACCAGGACUCGGCCGAGUCCAACGACGACUGUCCCCUGACAGACGACGGGCCAAACCAUGGCCAGCCGCCGUUAGAGGACCGGCGCAAGAGUCGCAUACCGGAGGAGUUUGCGGGCCUCCUGCACGGAUCGUCCCCGGCCUGCGAGACGCCAGAAACGCCGUACCACCUCUACAGCCCCAAACCUCGCAAGCACGCCUCGACGGGCCUGCAGCCGCCCGAUUUGGACGACGCGAUCGCACCGGCGACCCAGAAAACGUGCGCGAAACCGCAGGUGGUCUACCGGACUGUAUUCCACACCAGAGUCAACCAGGACCUGGAUCGCCGAGUGGACUCGCGUUGCGGAACGAACGGCGAGGUCGGCGAGUGCGUAGGAGGGGGAGGGAGUGCGCCCAAGGGCCCCGGCUACGAGGAGAGGGCCUGCACCCUGGGCAGAAUGAGGUCCAUGCCCCGCAGCGUGCUGGACCUGCAGCUCUCCAAGUCCCUGUCCAAGUCCGACUCCAACCUGGUCGCCGUGUCGCCCAUACAGGAGGAGAACAUUUGGGAGUCUCCAUCUCGCGGCCAAGCCUCGGCGAGUUCAGGCGCAGCUGGCGACAGAACCGCUCCGGCGGAAAAGCUGGAAAGAACGCCAUCGUUUACAGCUGAGUGGGAGGAGAUCGACAAGAUUAUGAGCUCCAUCGGGGCGGGAAUAAACAGCGGACUGGAUGUGAAGGACCACAAUUCAGGUCCCAGAUGCCCGCUGCAGUCGGUGGGCCAGUGGCUGGACUCCAUCGGCCUGGUCCAGUACGAGAACCACCUUCGUUUGACAGCCACUUUGCCCGCCACAACAUGAUGUGGCAGUGCCAGCUGUCCCAGCCGGACUGCCGCUGCUACCGCGUGGACGGCUACUCCCUGCUCAAGCGCCUGCCCCUGCACCCCCUCAUAGGUCCCAGAU